GUCAUUAGAGCUCGCGCGGUGAAUCUUGUGGUCAGUAUACAGAUUUAAAGUAAAAAGUAAGUAUUAACCAGCUAGCUAGUUAACUAAGUUAGUCUACUUCUCUUCUUGUGCUACUGGUCAGCUACAUCUCGUUCGUCUAGUGCUCUGUCAGUGUUGGCAAAAUCAAGCAGUCUAAGAAAUAAUUUAUUAACUCUCAAGUUCAAGUUUGGCAUAAUUAUACUAAUAACUCCAGUCUAAGAUGUCCAAGAUGUCCAUCUCCAGCAAAGGUCGUGAGGUGCUCAGGAGCAAAAUGAAGUACAGGAAGAAAAAUAACAGCAGUUGGAAGAGUCGCUUUGUUGCUGCAUUUUGUGGAGUAGAGUCUGAUGACCCCAAAGCACCAGUUGCUCAAGUCUGCUUAUUUGAAGAUUACGAGAAGCCGGGUCAAAAACCGAAGAACGUAGUCAAGCUUGAAUCUGCGCAAAUCGAUUCAAGUUAUUCAGGAUCAAGCGCAAGUGCUUACUCAUCCACGACUGCUUCUCAACGACUAAGUGUUUCCCCUAGCAGCUUUAAUUCGGGUGGGUCUGGAUCUGGAGUUAUCGACAGUGGCAGUGGAACAGUCGGUGGUACCCACAUAUUUUGUAUUGUAACAAAAAGUGGAGAGGCACACGAAUUUCGUACGGAGACGGAAAAUGAUAGAUUGCGCUGGGUACGUCUAUUACAACUGCUCAUCAUGUACCCAAAGUCAAGUAUACCAGAAGAACCCAAGCUCAACCCAAUUAAAGACACUCUGAGACUGAGACUAGAGGCAAAGAAAUACGGAGCAAAUUCUGCUUGGAUGGUGUACAUUCUACCAGAGGGUGUUGGAACGCGCUGUCGUAUAAUCGGAAUCAAUGUACUCGCCUUGAAAAGUGGAAUCCCUGGCAAACAAGUUGGCACUCUGAACAUCUACAACCCGGCUGACCCUACCACUCCUCUGCUGAGCUGGGACCGUGACAAAAUGAGGAGAACAGGCAAAACAGGCAACCUAGUGUUUGUGGAGAUUGGGCGCAGGUGUUUCGGUGGUCCAGGGCUGGUGUGGAUGUAUUCUGGCUUCAAUGAUGCUCAGGCCCUAAGAGAAACGCUCCACAACUUCCUAUUCAAAGGAGAUGGGACUGCUGUACCGAUACACACUCAUACUCCAAGUCUAUACGAUUCACCUCGUGCUUCUUUCGAUGCAAACUUCCACCCCGCAUACCAACGUGAGAAUUCCGUGGGAUCACUAGGACACUCAAAUCCACUCCUUUCUCGAAGCCGUUCUAUCGAUCAUGAUUCUGGUUUUGUGGGCUCUCCAGGAAGUUUCACCGCACCCAAACUUGAAGGUCCUCCUGUUCGCCUCGAUAAGCACCCCUCUAUCAGACGCAAGAGAGACGCUUCUAACCCAAGAGACAUAAGACGGAGCAGCAACAGCAGCAUCAACUCACCUAUGGGCAGCGGCAGCUUCAAUGAGGUCUCAGCUCGAUCGGGAGAAUCUAUGGAGCCUAGUUUCGAGGAAGGACAGUUGAGUGGGAAUCAUUCGCGAUCAAUAUCACCCCCUCAAGAUGAAUGUGAUGGUGACGUGGUUGGCUCUAUGGAUCCUGAGCAUGUUCCAAUGUAUGAAGUGGUCCCAGGUUUUGGUCCACAAACUCGAGUCGUAGUAAGAGGAGGCGAAGCUGAGUACGAGACAAUGGUUCAUCCGAGUGCAAACGAUGACAUGAUGGGCGGCUAUGUACAGAUGAGUAAAGCACCACCUUUAGCGUUACCUAAUCACACUAACCCAAUGUCAGUUCCAAAACCACAAGCAUACAACACUCUAUCGCAUUCCUCAAACAAGCCUGGCCCACACAACACAGCUGCUGCACGCAACAAUUACGAUACCCUUCCCACCAUCAGAGAAACAAAACAAGACAUUUACGUGAACCACCCUCUUCCCCAAGACUUGAAAGAUGUUCCCCAACGUGUGUACACUCCGGAUUAUCAGAAUGUGGAGUUGAGCACAUCAUCAGAGAGAAGACGCGGGUCCAUGACGAAUGAACAGUACGAGAACGUAGAUGGGAGGAGGCAAUCGACAAGACGAAGGGACAGUGACCACGAGAGUGUCGAACUUCCAAUGAGUACCGGGAAACCACAGAAUCGUCCAAAACAAGAAAUACCUGAUAAUUAUGUACAGUUUCAGCCGAAAAACACACCAGCUUUUAAUACAUCGAUGCCACAGCCGAGUAUGGUUACAAGUGAGAGUUAAGCUUAUUUUAUUUAUUUAUUCUGGAUCUCACAGUUAUUGUUUUUUCCCUAUUCUUCCUUAUUUCUGAUUCUCUGUUUGAUUAUCAUUAUAAUUUUUGGUUCUUUUCGUUUUGAAAAUUAUCAUUGUAUCUAAACCAGAGUUGUUAUUAUCAUAAUCAUUUUUUGUUUUUUCCUUUUGAAAAGCACUCUCUCAAACCCCUCAUGAUUUUUGCAAUCUCACGAAAGCUGAUGGCAAAAGCAUUCAUCUGUGUUUUUAAUUCUGCUGCACCGAACUCUUACUUGUGUAUAGUAUUAAAUGUACGUGUGAACAUUGUUUGGCUCGUGUGUUAUUUAGAUGAGUAGCCCCCCCCCUCAUAUAGUUGUCACUACAUUCUUGUGUACUUCAUGCAGCAUCAAUAAUAAAUAUUAUUGUUUACAAAAA